GAUAUUGAUAAUAAACCUAUGUUACCAGAUGAUUAUGAAGGACCAAAUUUGACUAGUCGAAUGGAAGAGUAUAUUGAACAAGAAAAUAUAUCGAAAUUUAACCCGCAUACAAGAACAAGAAGCGAAGUAUUGACAUUAAUUUAUGAUCAUGUGACAAAAUCUUAUGAUUUAUUGUAUCCAAGCAAUGAUGACUACUUAAGAAUGGCAAAAUCGAUCGUUAACAAACUCCACAUUCCUCCAGCAUUAUCAAAAAAUUCAAUUAAAGACUGGCACGAAUCAAUUAAACAAAAAUUCAAACGUGAACGUAAACCUUUACAAAUGAGUAAUAAUUUAGUUAAAAGUAAACAAGAAAAAUAUGGCAAUGGUAAAACAAAUGGAAGACCGAAAAAAAAAAGUACAAUUCUACAAGCUGAACGUCGUCGUGUUGAUAUACCAUUGAUUAAUUUAGCUCAUCGAGAAAAUGAAAAUUUAUUAGUCAUGGUCAAUCAGAUGAACAUGGAAUUACUUAAAGAUGAUCCUAAUAAUGAAUUACUUCAUGAUCUUUGGAUACAAUCCUUCAACAUAAGACGUCUAUGUAUUCGUGAAUUGGAUAUAGUCGAAAUACUCGAACGUUUUCCCGGUUAUCGUCGUUCAGAAAUGAUCUUGGGUGAAGUAAAAGAAUCUACUGGUAUUGAUAUUGAAGAAAACGUCAAUGUUUUAUUACCAAAAUUUUUUGAUCAUAUACCUGAUAACAACUGUUUUUUAUCUGGUAAGCUUCUGAAAAAAAUUUACAGUAAUUGA